AUGGUUGGUCAUCUUGUAUUUGUGCAUCCAUCAUCUGGUGAAUUGUUCUACUUGCGGUUGUUGCUGUGUCACCAAAAGGGUUGCACCUCUUUUGAAGACCUACGUACUGUAUUUGGUUAUGUUCACCCUACGUACAAAUCUGCAUGUAAUGCGCUUGGAAUCAUAGGGGAUGACAUUGAGUGGCUUGUUGCGUUCAAUGAUACUUCUACAUGGGCAACACCAUUCCAGCUCCGUCUUCUUUUUUGUAGUUUGUUAUUAUUUUGUGAAGUUACAGAUCCAAACCUUUUGUGGCAAAAGGCUUAUGAAAAAAUGUCAGACGACUACAUUUAUAGGUUAAAAUCAACAUUACCUGAUAAGGCUUUCUCUGCAACAGAUGAUGUAGUUCGUCAGCAAUUACUUCAUGAUCUAGAAGACAUGCUCUGUUCUUCUAUUCCAUCAAGAUCACUUGCUCAUUUCAAUUUGCCCAUGCCAUCACCUGUUAUGCAUACAAUUCUCCAAAAUUGA